UGGGGAUGGAGAAGGAGCCAAGUCAUGUUACUGAGAAAAUACUACAGCUCACCCUGGAGAUCAUCUACCUGCUGACCGGAGAGGAUUAUGGACCAAUAAAGAAGUCUUGUGACUAUAUGGCACUUAGCAGCCCUCUCUGUGUGCCUGGAGAACAGAUCAGCAGCCAGAGUCCCAUCACUGAGCCUUCAUCUCCCUCUUUGACACCUGAGAAAAGCAAUGACAAAAUUCUACAAGUCACCCAGAAGAUCGUUGAGCUGCUGACAGGAGAGGUUCCUAUAAGGUGUCAGGAGGUCACUGUCUAUUUCUCCAUGGAGGAGUGGGAGUAUAUAGAAGAACACAAGGAUCUCUACAAGGACUUCAUGAUGGAGAACCAGCCGCCCCUCACAUCACAGGAUGGAUCCAGUAAUGGGAACCCACCAGAGAGAUGUCCCCGUCCUCUGAAUUCCCAGGACUCCACACAGGAACAUCAGGAGAUCCCUCAGGAGGAUCAGGUAGGAUAAUCUGAGUUCAGUCAUGUGCCUGGAGCUGGAUAAUAAUUGUAUUGCUUUGUUGGUUAUGUAGAAUGAAAACCUGACUGAAUACAGGAUUGAAGACCGAGAAGAGAGGUAUAUGAGUGA